UGUACACAUAUUCUUAAUGAAACCUAUCCAUGGUUGCGCAUCGAUCUGCGUCGUCCUUAUUACGUGAAAGAAUUAUUCAUUUCAAACCAUGAUCACGGAAAUGCCUUGGACAUGCGUGAAUUUGAAGUACGUGUUGGAGAGCCUUGAGAACAACGGAAACAAUAAUUCUGUUUGCUGUUUGGAGAACACCAUACGGCAAUCUCAGAUUCGUACUGUUGUCUGUGGCAACAAUAGUGUUGGACGCUAUGUAAAUAUAAGGGCCUUGAAAGUGCAACUGGCCUUGUGUGAGGUGACAGUGAUUGGAGUUGCUGAUACAAUUGUCAAACUCAAACUGGAUGACAUCGCCGACAGUCUAAAGACCGGAGCGCGUAUUACUGAAAACGGUGAAAAAACAGAGGCUUUCGUUGGAGGUCUUAUUGGCCAGUUACAGGAAGGACAGCAACAAUUAGGUGGAAUGUUCUUUGGCCAAGGCAUGAGCUUUUUGAACAAUAUUGGAGGCCAAGGUCUAAGUAUGUUCAACAGACUUGGCAAACAAGGAAUGGGAAUGCUAAACAAUCUUAAAGAGCAGGGUCAAGAUCUUACCAAUGUCAAAAAAUUAAAACAGCAAGGUUUCGAUUUGGCCAAUCAGAUGAAAGAGUCAGGGAACGGGGAUAGCUAACCAAGUGAAGGAAAAGGGGAUGGACAUAGCUAAUCGGGUGAAGCAAAAGGGAAUAAAAAUGACAAACAAAGCAAGAGAAGAAGGAAUGAAGGUGGCCAAGGAAUUACAAGGACAAGGUGAGAAGUUGACUAAAGAUUUGCGAAAUCAAGGUUCAGUUUUGGUCGACGACAUACAAGGACAGGCGAAUGAACAAAAAGAUACAUUAAAAGACAAGCUCAAAAAACUCUUGGACAAGGCUAAAGAAUAUUACGAGAAAGCGAAAGAAUAUAAAGAUAAGUUUAUGGAGGAAGGAUAUUUAAGCACGGGAAAAGAAUACCUAGAUAUUGGUAUUAGUUUGACGAUGAAGGGACUUCGUUAUUUACAAGAGAAACUCACAGAUUCAUUAAAAAAUAUUGCCGGUGAUUUGACGGGUCAAAUUACGGGCAAUAUAGACGAGUACAACACUGACGGUGUUAAUGGUUUGCUUGACAAUGUGGACACUGAUAAGGUCAGGGAUAUCGUCGAGGAAGCGAAACCAAAGCUCAAUGAUUUCAUUGAUGAGAUGAAGAGGUUGAUAAAGAAGUACACGGAGGUUGUUAUCGAUAAAGCUAAGGAGUUAAAGGAGGAUAUAGAAAGGGAGGUUGACAGUGCGCAGAAAGAUAUAAAAAGUAUUGGGAAAAAGGUAGCUAAACAGGCUAAAAAUACGGGUAAAAAUAUUGCGAACAAGGCCAAAACUGUUGCCAUGGAUACUGUGUCUAAAGCGAAAACUGCUAUCACGAAUGCCACGAACAAAUUGAAGGAUGCUGGGAUGAAAACGUUUAAUACAGCACAAGAGACUGGAAAGAAUGCCGUCAAUGAAGUUAAAGAUUCUGCCAAGGAUGUCGUUGAUAAGACAAAGAAAAGUGGCAUAGAUGCUGUGGAUAAAAAAAGGAAAAGUGUCAUGGAUGCCAUGAGUAAGGCAAAGACAAGUGGCGUGAAUACUUUUGAUCAGGCAAAAGAUGUGGGAAUGGGAGCGUUUGGUAACUUACAGACCGCUGGCAACAAUGUUUUUGGACAGGCGAAUAACCUGGGAAUGGGUGCUUUUGGUAAGCUCAAACAAACAGGAGCGAGUGUAUUUGGUAACGUGCAAGGAUUUGGCCAAGGAAUGUUUGGAAAGCUCAGCGAUGCAGGAAUAAAAUUGUUGUCCAAAGUUAAAGCUGCCAAACCAGAACAAGUGAAGGAAAUGCAGCAGAUCUACACGCUUCAGCAACUCAAGCAGAUUAAACACAUGCAGUAGUUACGUAUGAAAGAAGAUAUACAAUGGCAAAAGUUGGAGGAAAUUAAUGAUGAAGUCGAGGAAAGGAGGAGGAUGGUAAUGGAGAAGACUAAAGUGAAAGAUACAGACUAAGAAUUUCAUUCUGUUAAUGAAGACUUGUGGUAUCUCGGCUUAAACCUAAAGUGUACUAAAUACUGCCAUAAAAAUGGAACCUGCAAGCGCACCUCCAGUCGAGCCAGUAGACGUUCCUAGAUCAGUACAAUGGAUAUAUCCGGAUUUAAAACGUGAAUAGGAAUACCAAGGGGUAGAAGACUUCUUUCACCCCGUUCAUCAAUCGAAACGAGCAACUUUCGCCUUGUUCGCAUUUCAAACAUUGAGGCAGAGCUUCGCCAAGAGCGUGACGCUCGUCAUAAGCUGCGUAAGAAAUACACGCGCAUUAUUUCGACACUCGACACCUUAUCUGCUGCAUCGAGUGCCUUUACAGUCGUGACAGGAACUGGAGGUAUUGCUCUCACCCUAUCUGCACGCUACCUCACUCUAUCAAGGGCCUAAAGGAGAUAUUGGAGCCACAGGGCCUCAGGGGCCUUCAGGACGUCAAGGACCUCAAGGACAACCAGGAGCUGAUGGGCUUAAAGGAGACCAAGGAGAUCAACCUGUUUUGAACUCUCCUACUGGAUUUUACCCUCCCAGUAUGAGCGGAGGAAAUGUAACUUUAGUAACGUUUCCUACUGGAAAAACACUCGAAAAUAAUAAAAUAGCAUUAUUAAACAUUUGGUUUGAACGGUCUCAACACGAGUGAUUCAACAUUAGAUCUACUGUGUUUGAACAAAAUUGGGGGCCUUGUGUUAGUUUCGUACAUGAUAACACUAACAAAUUGAUGUCACAUGUUAGUACAAUACCCAUUAACUGGACGCGAAGAUAUCAGGUACACUAUUUAGAGUAUUCUUAAUUCUAAAACAAUAAAUUUUCACUUUAUA